UCAACGUGUGUUGUAAGUUUUACCCUCACCAAGUCUUUUCAUUUCAACUUGAAAGCCCGGAUGGCAGAAGAAGAAAGGCCUGCGAAGAAACCCCAAGGCUCUAGUGAUCGCACAGAGCCAAACAAACUUGGUGAAAUGCUUCAACUGAUUCCUCGAGAACUCGCUUCAAAGAUUCUCAACAAGCUUGGUGCCUUUGAAAUUUUCCCCACUGCAAGCUUAGUGUGUCAUUUUUGGUGGAAAUUAUGUAUCGACCCUCUCAUGUGGCGCACCAUUGAUCUCACCAGCCACCCUCGUGUUGGACAUGCCAAAUUGGAGAAGUUUUGUCUCCGUGCCAUUCAACAAAGUUCUGGUCAUUUACAAGACAUUAGUAUUAAAGAUAUUGCCACUGACGAUAUUCUCAAAUCAAUUGCUGAUAGCGGAAGUCACUUACGGCGGUUGCGUCUUUUGAGAUGCUGGGAAAUUUCGGAUGAACAAUUGGAUGAGGUUGUGAAGAAGCUUCCGCGGUUGGAGGAGUUUGAAAUUUCGGUCAAUAUCAUAUCUAAGGAUACUUUGGAACUCAUGGGAAAAUGUUGCCCGCAUUUGAAAGUGCUGAAAUUUAACAUGAAGGAAAUUAAAGGCGAGGAGUGUGAUGAUGAGGCAUUUGCUAUUGCGAAAACCAUGCCUCAGCUACGUCAUCUCCAACUUCUGGGAAACAGGCUCACUAAUAAAGGCUUGAUUGCCAUUCUUGAUGGAUGCCCUCGUCUUGAAUCUCUUGAUCUGCGUGUUUGUUCUAAUGUCAAUUUGAGUGGAAGUUUGAGGGAAAGGUGUUGUAAGCAGAUAAAGAAUUUGCGUUUUCCAGAUGACUUGAGCAGUGAAAUUUCCAUCUACGUUGAAGGUGGUGCUGUUGGUUAUUAUGAAUUGGACUGUGGAUGUGACAUUGACCAGGCCAAUUAUGAGGCCGAGUUAGAGGCGUAUCAAGAUGCAGUCUGGGCUCAAUUCGAUAAUGAUAGGGACGAUGAAUAUGAAGAAUUCCUUGACGCUCACUACCUUGAGCUAUUAUGAUUAAUGUUUUAGUUAAGUGAUCCUAUGUUCUUUUUGGAUAUGUUGAUCACCUGCAGGUACAGGUACAGGUACUGUUCUAUAUGACAUUUAUGUUUGGAUUUAAGUGGCUCAAUGGUUGUUCUAAAUGCCAUGGUUCUUUUACUUUUGUAGUGUCCUAGGAUUCUGAUGACUGGUUCACAUACUUUGUUAACAUGGCUUAAGUAGUAUUUUGUUUUUGUUGUCAAAUCUCUUUGGUUUCCAAAGUACUUUUGUGAAUCAGUUGUGACAAAAUGACUUAUGAGCUUUGAGCUGUUAGCCUGUUACUGAUAUUCAUACCUAUAUUGGAUACUUUAGCAAUUAGAUAUUA